UAUAACCAAUCUGUCGAACCGGCUUUCAGAAAAUUUUGAACGUUCAUCCAUGCACGACCGGUUAGCAAGUGUUAGCAAUUGCGAGGGUUAUAAUAAGUAUAUCUGUACACUGGUUUUUGCUCAUAAUGCUGUAACAUCCCAUACAUGGACAUUCCGAGAUGUCAUAUGUCAAUAUGUGAGAAGCAGGUACGGAAGUAGGAGCGACCAUUGAUAUGGAAACGGCAAUAUAGUGAGAAUUGCUCUGUAAUUUUAAGUGAGACGUUUGACGGAUAAAUACAUUGCGGACAAUUAAAUAUCUAGAUGCUGGUUGGAAAGCCAGUCUUCAUUUUACACAAUGACCGCUAGCGAUGUGCAAGGCUCCUUGAAGGAAGCUCUGUACGAGACGUUAACUGGGAUCUUGUCACCAGAUUACGAAACUCUCAAGACAGCUGAGCGGAAGAUUCAAGCUUUGGAGGUGACAGAGGAAUUUGGUAUACAUCUGACAGAAUUUGUUAUUGAUCCCAAUGGUCAUUUGCCAAUCAGGCAAUUAGCUUCUGUCUUGCUGAAGCAGUAUGUUGAAACGCACUGGUGUUCGUUAGCUGAAAAGUUUCGUCCACCUGAGCUUAACAAUGCUGUUAAAGAGAGGAUUAAGGAGCUACUUCCCUUGGGACUCCGGGAAUCAAUCAGUAAGGUACGAACUGCGGUUGCCUAUGCAAUAUCCGGGAUAGCACAUUGGGAUUGGCCUGAGAAUUGGCCUGGACUGUUUGAUGUUCUUGUUAGCUGUUUAAGAGAAGAGAGUGAAUACGCUGUUCAUGGAGCGAUGAGAGUACUAACGGAAUUUAGCCGGGAUUUAACGGAUGCCCAGUUGCCUAACGUUGGACCUGUUAUUCUUCAAGAAAUGUACAGGAUAUUUCAAAGUGAAAAUCAGUAUUCGAUUAGAACACGUGGUCGUGCGAUCGAAAUUUUCAUAACGAUUACAACUUUGGUUGCUCAAACGGGAGCGUACGAAAAGGGAUUUACACAGCAGUAUCUGCAGCCAAUCAUUCCUAUGUUUUGUGAAAAGUUUGUCGAGUGCCUCAGAGUGCCUAAUGGCCAAACUAGUGACUGUGGAUUCAAAACAGAUAUUAUUAAAGCUAUAAACUGUCUUGUUACGAAAUUGCCCAAAUAUAUAUCAGAUUUUUUACCUCAAAUGCUGCCACCCGUAUGGGAGACUUUAUGUCAAAGUGCAAAGACUUAUCAAGAAACGACGGUCAAUGCCGAUGCAGAUAUCGAUGAUAAAGAAGUUGAUUCUGAUGGUGAAGUAAUUAAUUCCAACAGUCUAAUAAUCGCUAUCUUCGAGUUUGUUCAAACUAUCGUAGAUCGUAAGAGAUUUACGAAUCUGCUGGAUAAUAUGUUACCAGAAGUCAUAUAUUAUCUAAUAGUAUUUAUGCAAAUAACAGUCGACCAGAUUCAGCAGUGGACAACCAAUCCGAAUCAAUUUGUUGAGGAAGACGAAACCUUUGAAUAUAACGUUCGAAUCUCGGCGCAAGAAUUUUUAGCGACUCUUAUCAGUCACUUUGAGGAGAAAGCUGUGCAUGCUCUUUGCGAUGUAGUUACGCGACAUAUUGAAGCAACAAAGGCGUUACAAGCUAACGGUGAUGGUAGCAAUGGCAACCAAAGUUGGUGGAAAUUACGAGAGUCCUCACUUCUGGCAUUAAGCCUUUCUAAGAAUAUUGUCAUUGAAAAACAGCAAACUGGGAUACUACAAUUUGAUAUUAUUAGAUUUCUAGAUACAGUUGUUUUGGGAAUGUUGAAUGAUUCAGAUUCACCUCCGUUGCUUCUUGGCCGUUGUUUAUGUCUCGGUGGACGAUACGCCAAGAUAAUGCCACCAGAAGUGAGUUCCCGAUUUCUGGAAGCGACGGUUAACGGCUUGCAAGAAAAUCAACCGCCUUGUAUACACAUUAGCGCCAUUAAGGCGAUCUAUUGGUUCAGCGAGGCGUCAACCGGAAAAGAGCCUAUCGUCAACAUAAUACGUUGCCAUAUGCCCAAUAUUUUUCAAGGAUUGUUCAAUCUAGUUAGUCAACCUAGCACAGAUGUUUUGACUUUAGUAAUGGAGACGUUUCAAAUACUAGUUUGGCAACAUAAAGAAUUUACAGCAUCAGUGGAAAACAAGAUUUGUCCUUUGACAAUUGCAGUGUUUGUAAAGUUUCAUAGCGAUCCGGAGAUCUUAGAUAUAUGCCAGGACAUAUUUAAAGACUUGACACAAAAUCCGAGCUGCAUCGAACCACUUCAAACUCGUAUAAUACCGACUCUAAUGAGUAUGAUGGCGAUAACUCCUAUGAAUAAAUCGAAAGAUGAGGGAUCUCGAGCUGUGGCGUUGGAUGUGUUGAAAGUUUUGGUUCAGUAUUCACCGACGCCUUUGAGCAAUGCUUUAGUGGAGACUGCCUUUCCGACUGCUUGUCACUGUAUUCUUAACUCGGAAGAUCACGCGACGCUGCAGAGCGGUGGUGAACUCAUACGCACGUAUUUAUCCGUGGCAGCGCAGCAGGUUAUCGCAAAUCGAGACACCGAGGGGCAAAUCGGAUUGCAAUACAUAUUACAAAUAAUUGCUCAGCUCUUGAAUCCGCAGUUGAGCGAAUUCACUGCCACUUUUGUCGGACGCUUAGUCACGACGUUAAUCAGAAAUGUGGGGGACAGUCUGGGUGAGAAUCUUGACCAGUUGCUGAAGGCAGUGUUGAGUAAAAUGCAGAGUGCAGAGGCGUUGAUUGUGAUGCAAAGCUUGUUAAUGAUUUAUGCGCAUCUUAUAAACACACAGUUCGACGCCGUGCUGAACUUUCUGUCGACUGUGCCCGGGCCGACAGGGCAGAGCGCACUUGCAUUCGUAUUGUCUGAGUGGGUCAGCAGGCAGCACUUGUUUCUUGGUAGAUACGAUCGUAAAGUCGGGACGAUCGCAUUGUGCAAGCUCCUGGAAUAUGGGGUCACUCACGGGGAUAGUAGAUUAGACGAGAUCACAGUCAAGGGAGAUAUGAUCAUCUCAGGAAUCGAAGACGGUGUGAGGACCAGAAGCAAAGCCGGAUCACAGCCUUAUGAAUGGACUACGGUGCCUGUACUUGUAAAAAUUUUUAAAGUAAUAAUCAAUGAAUUGUCAAAUGAUAUCGAAGUUGUUAGUGCCAGUCAAGAUACGGAAAUUUCCGACGAGGAAGAUGAAGAGGAAGACGAUGAUGAAUUAAUAGAUCCUGGAAACGAAAGUGCAAAUAUUUUACAAUUUGGAGGCGCGGAUGAAGAUAAUGAUGAUGAGGAAGAUCCAGAGUUAUUGCGGGACUCAAUCUAUCAUUUGAAUCUUGGGCAGUAUCUACGUGAUUUCCUGUUAAAUUUCUCCACUCAUCAUUGCUUCCGCAUAUAUAUUCAACACCUGAAUGUGCCAGAACUAAAAGUCUUGAAUAACAUAAAUAUCAAUGCCCUUAUGUAAUAGGACAAUUCAGAUGAUCAGAACAAUUUUUGAAUUUCAUAAUAAACAGUUUUUUUAUACUUA